GGGACGACUUGAGGGCAUCGAUGGUUGCGCUUCACACAUUGCCCUGGUACAGGUUCGAGUUGGACAUGCACCGGGAGCAUGAGUUUAUAUGGAUGCCCUACACGGAUGAGAUUUUAGCCGACAUGCCGCCUGCCUAUGCAGACGGGAGGGACCUGUGGGUAGCGCGAGUGCCACUCAUAUGCUUUCAUAUUAUUGAGUGGUAUCUCCCCGAUCGAGUCAUGCGACAGUUCGGGUUUCGACAGGUCAUUCCCGCCCCAUUUAUGACUUCGGGGGUAGAUAUUGUUGGGGACGAUCUCCACGGCAUGGAUGGACGCGGUUGAGGGGUCACAGACUGGUCGAGUACGCACGCGAUAUUCGUCACUGCGUGGGAGCAUCGGCGAGACUACAUCGUACGAGG